GCUCAACAAGAAGAAAGUACGUUUGCGGUGCGCGCAGUCGCCCUCUCGACAAGCAGACGGAUUACACGUCGAUAGCAGCCGCUCCACGGCGACCCAACGCUGACCCGACCCGGACCCGAGCCGCAUUCCUCGCGCGCAGCCCGCCACACCCGCUUUUACACCUCGUCGCCCACGCCCACGCCCGCGGCUGCGCUCUCACCACAUACCGCAUCCCUCGACACGCGGACCCGUCUCCCCAACCCUGUCUCUGGCGACGCGCCAGACCAUGUUGAAGGCCGCCUCGAGUCUCUGCGACGGCGUUCCCGUUCCGUGACAAGCUGGAGACCAUAGGCGUGCGGCCGUCCGGCGGGCUGGUGGGAGCUGCGAACAGGACCCAAUCGCGCGCAGCCAUGGACGAGAAGGACCCGUCGCCCUUCGGCUAUACUUUUUCAGCCGACUUCUUCGGCAACGCGGCCGGCGAGUUCGACAAUGGCGGUGCCUCGCUGCUGAGCGACAUGGAGGCCCAGCAGCUCGACAGCUUCUUCUCGCACGCGAACCCCUUCGGAUCCGACGCGGCUCCAUCAGCCUUCGCCUUCCCCUCUGACGCGCCCGACCUGCUCGAUAAUUUCUCUGGCUGGUCUGCAGUGCCGCCAGCAACCAUCCACAACAUCUCCACCACAAUACCCGAUCAGGCUCUGCUCCAUGGCUUCCACGCCGAGCAGAGCUUCACACCCACGCAGCAGACAAACCAUUUCGCCAGCACCGCAGACGAUCUGCAGGCUGCGUCGACCCUGUACGCUCAAGCGCACAUACCUCCGUCUCUGCCUACGUACCAGCACCAGCCCAAUGGCCGGUCUCACAGCUUCCACGGCGCUCCUUCGACAGGCGUCCAUACCAAUGGCUACGGGUCUCAUGCUGGCCUGUCCCACGGCCUGCCUCUUGUCCCUACCCCAGCCACAUCUAAUGGUUUGGUGCACGAACAACUGGCUGCCCUACUGCCUCAUCACGAUGUGCCGGGAUCUGUUGACAACACGCUCACGGCGCAGCUCGCCGACAGCACAGCACGCGCGGCCCACGAAGCCGAACUACGAGAGCGCCAACGACCUUCCCUGAAAAGAGCAUAUACAUAUGGCACUGACAGCUCGUUUAACGAGUCUGGGUUCCAACCAUCAUCAAAACAUGAGAGCGAGGAGGUAGUGACAAAACGUUUGAUCAGAGAGCUGCAUCAUGCGCAGCCGCUGGCCAGACCCACCUCUGGUACCAAUGGUACCAUCCUGCAAUCACCUACCGGCCAUAUCCACCAACCACCUUUCGCCGGCGACUCGGAGAGCAAUGAGGACGGUGUGUCGGACGAAUCAUCUGCAGACGAUGACGAGGAGAAGCGAAUGAAGAAGCGACGGAAACGGCCACUCCUUGCGACAAACGGAAAGCGCAAAAGUGUGUCAGGGGGCUUAUCGAGCAAGAACCGUAAGAUGUCAGUUGACGAUCGAGUCAGGAAGCCCAGACGGAAAUCCAUGGCCAGUGCAAAACCUCAGCGCGAGAAUCUGAGUGAGGAACAGAAGCGCAGCAAUCACAUUUUGUCAGAACAGAAACGACGAAAUCUCAUCAAACGCGGGUUUGAUGACCUACACGAUCUGGUACCUGAGAUUCGAAAUGGAGGUCUGAGCAAGUCCGGCGUUCUUACCGAGGCGGCCAAUUUCUUGCAGCAACUCAUUGAUGAUAAUAAGCGGUAUUCCGCGCUACUUGGAGCGGACGGAUGAGCGGAGGAGCUUGAGACUGCCAUGCAUCGCCUAAUCUACCACUCGCUGUAUUAGCUCGCGCGUUGGGUGUGUCCCAGCCAAGCUGUCCCUUGCUGGUCCCUCCGCACGGCACGGCGUUCCUGCCAAAAGCGAGCGCUGGGAGCAUUCCCGCGCCGCAAUCCCGGCUUCGGCUACAUUGUUGCUAAAGCGUUGGCGUUGAAGUUAUGUUGGGGCCAAGGAAUGCUGUAAAACUCAGCAUCCGGAGCACCACGAGGUGCUGUACAUGUUAAACGAUACCCCCCGAUGAGGCAUGCAUACUGGAGGACAAAUAGACUGUCGGGGUAGUGGUGAUAUCGAUAGGUGCAACUGUGUAUGG